AUGGCCAAUUCAUCAGCUACCAAGCAUGCUUUCAAGAGUAUAUUGGCCAGCCUCCCUAAGCCUGGCGGCGGUGAAUACGGGAAAUUCUUCAGCCUUCCUGCACUAAAUGAUCCAAGGAUUGAUAGGCUUCCCUACUCUAUACGUGUUCUCCUGGAAUCAGCUAUCCGCCAUUGUGAUAACUUCCAAGUCACAGAGAGUGAUGUUGAGAAAAUCAUUGAUUGGGAGAACACAUCUCCAAAGCUGGCUGAGAUACCUUUCAAGCCAGCGAGAUGCAUUCUCAUGGACAACACUGGAGUCCCAGCAGUUGUAGACCUUGCAGCUAUGCGUGAUAUGAUGCCAAAGUUGGGUUGUGAUCCCUACAAGAUCAAUCCAUUGAUUCCUGUGGAUGCUGUUAUUGACCAUGCGGUGCGAGUGGAUGUAGCAGGGACAUGUGAUGCAUUGGAUAGAAACGAAGAGCUGGAGUUCCAGCGCAACAAAGAAAGGUUUGCUUUUCUUAAAUGGGCAUCCAGUGCUUUCCGUAACAUGCAGGUUUUCCCCCCUGGUUCUGGCACUGUACACCAGGUAAAUAUGGAGUAUCUUGCCCGAGUUGUCUUCAACGAAGAUGGCAUUCUGUACUUCGACAGUGUGGUUGGCACAGACUCGCACACCACUAUGGCUAAUAGUCUUGGAGUUGCUGGUUGGGGAGUAGGUGGUAUUGAAGCGGUUGUUGCAAUGCUUGGCCAGCCAAUGGGCAUGGUUUUGCCUGGUGUGGUUGGAUUCAAGUUGAGUGGGAAGUUACGGGAUGGUGUCACUACUACUGACCUUGUUCUUACUAUGACCCAAAUGCUAAGGAAGCACGGUGCUAUUGGCAAAUUCGUUGAAUUCUAUGGUGUUGGUGUGGGCGAGCUAUCUUUGCCUGCCAGGGCCACAAUCGCCAACAUGUCUCCAGAAUAUGGAGCUACCAUGGGCUUCUUCCCUGUAGACCAAGUAGCAUUGGACUACCUCAAAUUGACAGGCCGAAGCGAUGAAACUGUGUCGAUGAUUGAAGCAUACCUGCCGAGAGCUAACAAGAUGUUUGUGGAGCACCAUGAGCCUGAGACAGAACGAGUUUACUCUUCAUAUCUGGAGUUGGACCUUAGUGAGGUGGAGCCUUGCGUUUCAGGCCCCAAAAGGCCUCAUGAUCGUGUCCCUUUGAGGGAAAUGAAGUCAGACUGGCAUGCUUGCCUGGACAACGAAGUUGGUUUCAAGGGCUAUGCAGUGCCAAAGGAACAGCAGGGUAAAGUUGUGAAAUUCGAUUUCCAUGGACGGCCAGCUGAAAUCAAGCAUGGCAGUGUUGUUCUUGCAGCAAUAUGUAGCUCCACAAACACAUCGAAUCCCAGCGUCAUGAUUGGUGCUGGCCUUGUGGCAAAGAAAGCCUGCGAAUUGGGCCUUGAGCGGGCUUCAAGAUUAUCUGAACCAGCAAGGGUUCCAUGUCGCUCUUGCAUGGCUGUGCCUUAUGCGUCGGCAACUCUGGCGACCUGGAUGAAUCUGUAUCAGCUGCUAUCACAGAAAAUGGUUGACAUUGACUUUGAGAAAGAGCCCAUUGGAGUUGGAAAGGGUGGCAAGGAAGUUUUCUUGAGAGACAUAUGGCCUUCAAACCAAGAAAUCGAUCAGGUUGUUGAGUCCAGCGUGCAGACUCACUUGUUCAAGAAAGUGUACGAGUCCAUCAUGGAACGCAACCAUAGGUGGAACGAGCUGCCGGUUCCAAAGGAGGCGCUGUACCCAUGGGACGACAAGUCCACCUACAUCCGCAAGCCCACAUACCUCGACGGCAUGUCCAUGUCACCACCCAGCCUGCCCAAGGUGACGGAGGCCUACUGCCUGCUCAACCUUGGGGACAGUAUCACCACGGACCACAUCUCCUACUCGGGAAGAUCCCGAGGGCACCCCUGCGCCAAGUAUCUGCUCGAGUAUGGCGUGGAGCCCAAGAACUUCAGCUCCUAUGGUGGCCGCCGUGGGAACAAUGAGAUCGUGAUGAGGGGAGCGUUUGCCAACAUGAGGAUCGUGAACAAGCUUCUUGAUGGCAAGGCUGGUCCCUGGACGAUCCAUGUUCCUACCGGGGAGAAGCUCUAUGUCUUUGAUGCCGCAAUGAAAUACAAGUCGGAAGGUCAUGAUAUGGUCAUUAUCGCUGGUGCUGAGUACGGCAGUGGCAGCUCUCGUGACUCUGCUGCCAAGGGACCAAAGCUACUAGGCGUCAAGUCGGUGAUUGCAAAGAGCUUCGAGCGGAUCCACCGGAGCAACUUGGUGGGAAUGGGGAUCAUUCCUCUCUGCUUCAAAGAAGGCGAGGACGCCGAUUCACUCGGCCUCACUGGACGCGAGCGCUACACCAUCCACCUCCCUACCAGCAUCUCCGAGAUCAAUCCUGGCCAGGACGUGACGGUCACAACCCACGACGGCAGAUCCUUCACUUGCAUUCUUCGCUUGGACACACAGCUUGAGGUGGCAUACUUCAGCCACGGAGGCAUCCUUCCCUACAUGGUCCGCAACCUGGCAUCACAGAUGAAAUAA